GUGCGCGCUUUUGUCGUUUUUAUGGAGCUGUCACUUUUUUCUCGGGGAGUAAACAGUGAAAACUUUUGUGCAAUUUCUCGCAGGAAAAAAAAGACUCCAAGGAGCACUUGCAGACAACCCAAGAUUCCUAUUGUUCUGUGAUAAUGGAGCAGAGCUCGGUGUAGUGUGGUGAGGUGUGGGUGAGAAUUUGCCACAAAGCACUUACCUCGCCAAAAAGCCUCGCCCAGGACAUUCCACUCAACAAAUCCCAGGAUCAUUCCCUUGUGAGAAGGACAUGAGUGCCAAUCCUACGAGCCCGAGCAGUUCUCCCAAGCGGCAGCGACUGGAAGAACCCAGAGUUGAGGUGAAUGUUGGUGCUGGAACAAGUCGAGAGCGUCCGGAAGUAUUUGAGUUGUCCGGAAGCAGUGAAGAAUCUCUGGGGCAGAAUCCCUCAGAUAGCACAAGUUCCAGUGGUGUCAGUAGCAUCCUCAGUUUUGCCCCAGAACUAGAAGAGGCAGCGGGAGAGGAAUGCGCUGUGGAUGCGGAUGUUUUGACUGCUUUCAGGCAGCGGAAGGUGACUAGAUGCAUUCUGGAAAAUGCUGUGAAUCGCAUUGUGGAAUCAUACCAGUUUUUUGUGCGUCCUGAGGACUUCCUGGCACCGCCAGAGAAUGAUGGACUCGAGGAUGCUGCGAUUCUUAUGGCCAUCAGUGAGCAUGGUUUGUCGCCGGCGAGUGUGGCGGCGGCAGGAGCUGCAGCGCCGCCGCCUUUCAAUCCCACCAGCGUCUCGGAGAAAGAGCACCUGGACUUCAUGGAGGCCGCCGUGGCUGUGGCCAUCCAGAAAAAGGGGCUCACUCCGCUGUCGCUGCCACUGUCGCCGCACAGAUAGUCGCCAGUUGGUCAGCCGCCGGCGCGUCCAGCCACUAAACGUCAGUUCCUACAGGUCGCUCCCAAGGCGACUCCUGCUCGUCUCCUCAGCAUCCCCAGCUCUGUAACACUGUCAAUCUCUCUAUCUUACUAAUAUAUUACUAGAGUAUUCCGAAAAUAAA